UUUCCCUUUCCUCUCAAUGCUAGAGAGAGAGAGAACAGAGUAGAGAGAGAAGGGGUCUGCGUUGGCGGUUGAAAGAAGCAGUUGCUAUCUAAACAUUGCUUCGUAUAAACAAAACCUCAGGUGUUAGAUUAGGCCAACGUUCUCUUCCUCUCUUCAUCUCCCUUUCUUUCAUUCUCUUCAAACCAAAGCAAACAAAACAAACCACAACAUCAAAAGAGUUUCUUUCUUAUAAAAAAAUAUAUAAACAAUCCUCUUGUUAUGGUUUGAUUCUUGGUCGCCAUCUCUUGCCCAACUUCACCUUCCCUGACAUAAACACAACACCUUCCUUAUAUUUCCUUGUUAUAAUCUUUUUCUUUUGUUCCUGUCUUCUCAAUCUUUUCUCCUAUAUUAGAAACAAGUUCUCCCUCUAAAACCUAGCUAUUUCAUUUCUGACAAAAGCUUAUCUCUGUACUCAAAGCUUAGGCUACUAGGUAGUUUCCUUUUGUGAAAUAGAUUCCUCUAUUUUGGGAAAUCGUGGAGUUCGUGUACGGAGCUGAGUUUGCUUUUUUUGGUGGUUGCAAAUAAGGCUUGGAAAACUUCCAAUGGAUGAAUCAUCUUCCAAUAUUAUCUCCAUAACUAUUUCAUCAUCUUCUUCCUUGAGUACCACGCCACCACGAGGUGAUAACACUCAUGCGUCUGCCUCUGUUCAAGAGAGGUCCUUCUACUUGAGGUUUGCUAUGAGGGUAUCUAGAGCUAGAUGGUUUAUCUUCUUGAGGAGAGUGUUUCACUACCAAAACGGAUCAAGAUCAGAUCUAGGCGCGAAUCCUUUUAAUUCCACCACGUGGAUGAUGUAUGAGAUGAUAGCUCUGCUUGUUCAGCUUACUGUGAUAACACUCACACUAGCUAUCUCAAAAGAAGAGAGACCUAUUUGGCCAGUGAGGUUAUGGAUCACAGGUUAUGAUGUGGGAUGUCUCCUCACUCUCAUGCUGUUGUAUGGUCGGUUUCGCCAACUAAACCAAGGAAACUGGUUUGUCGAUAUUGAGCAGCAACAUAGAGGCAGAGAUGAAACUAGGAGCUCUCAUUUAAUGAACAGAUGCAGAACGUCUCUAGAGCUUUUCUUUGCGAUUUGGUUUGUGGUUGGGAAUGUUUGGGUGUUUGAUUCUAGAUUUGGUUCUUUCAACCAUGCUCCCAAGCUUCACGCCCUAUGCGUCUCUCUUCUUUCUUGGAACGCUCUCUGCUACUCUUUUCCUUUUCUUCUCUUCCUUUUCCUAUGUUGCCUUGUCCCUCUCUUUAGUAGCCUACUUGGAUACAACAUGAACAUGGGAUCUUCAGACAGAGGUGCAUCUGAUGACCAAAUCUCUAGUCUCCCUAGCUGGAAACACAAACGAGUCGACAACAAUGCUUCUGAUUCUGACUCAGCUCCUAAGACUGAUGAUCCGGAGUGUUGUAUAUGUUUGGCGAAGUAUAAAGACAAGGAAGAAGUAAGGAAGCUUCCAUGUUCACAUAAGUUCCACCUGAAGUGUGUAGAUCAAUGGCUUCGUAUCAUCUCUUGUUGUCCUCUCUGCAAACAAGAUCUUUUCAGAUGAAAAACGAAAAAAAACUAAAGCAGACAAGAGCUCAUGAGAGUAAAAUCUAUGGUUUUAUAGUUUUUUGUUGGUUUCUUCUUUAAAAGGUUUUUGUUUUUGUUUUUGUUUUUAUUUGAAGCAAGUAGGUUACUUGUGUGAGUGCCAUAAGUUUUGUACAGGAAUAGCUCACCAGUAACCGUAAAGGAUUGUGAGAUUAUACACCAAAAUGCCACAACAUUUAUAAAAAUCUUGAUAUAUAGUGUUCACACUU